AUGUGGAGACUGUUAACCUAUGUUCUCAUGGCCUGUGCAGUGCAAGGGCGCAACCUACGGAAGAGACAGACGAUAUGUCCAGAUGUGUGUGAUUUAUCCCGGUGUCCGUCAGCUCUAGAGUCGUGUUAUUUUGGCGUGGUAAAGGACAGCUGCGGCUGCUGCAUGGUUUGUUCGGCGGGAGAGGGGGAGUUUUGCGGGAAGCGCGGCCACGCAGCGUGCGGUCAGGGAAUGACCUGCGAGAAUCCACCGGGAACGCGCGCCUCCGAGCGCGGCACCUGCGUUUGCGACUUGCACGAGCCGGUGUGCGGGAGUGACGGAAGGACGUAUCCCAGUAUCUGUCGACUGAAAGCGGAGAACAGACGGGCUGAAAAGAGCGGCACACCCGCUGCCAUCUUCAUCCAGAGAGGGCCAUGCGAAACCGGCUCUAGGAAUCCAAGCAGCAUGCGUUACAAAUUUAACUUCAUAGCAGAUGUGGUGGAUAAGAUUGCCCCUGCUGUGGUUCAUCUUGAACUGUUCAAAAGACUACCAUAUUCCAACCAAGAAGUCGCUGUGUCUAGUGGUUCAGGAUUCAUAGUAUCAGAGAGUGGGUGGAUCGUCACCAAUGCUCACGUACUGUCCCAUAAACAGCGCAUUAAAGUAGAGCAAAACAAUGGGAUGCUCUAUGAUGCCACAAUCAAAGAUGUGGAUCAAAAAUUAGACAUUGCUCUCAUUAAGAUUGACUCAGAGACUCCCCUGCCUGUGCUUUUGCUCGGUCGUUCGUCAGACCUGAGACCAGGGGAAUUCGUGGUGGCUGUGGGAAGCCCGUUUUCCCUUCAAAACACAGUAACGACUGGUAUCAUCAGCACGACGCACAGAGGCGGCCAUGAGCUCGGCCUGCAGAACUCGGAUAUGGAUUAUAUCCAGACAGAUGCCAUUAUUAACUACGGAAACUCAGGGGGUCCGCUUGUCAACUUGGAUGGGGACGUCAUCGGCAUAAAUACUUUGAAGGUUACGGCAGGAAUAUCGUUUGCCAUCCCCUCGGACCGCAUUCGCCAGUUCCUUGCGGACUCCUACGACAGACAAGUGAAAGGCAGAACACUGACCAAAAAGAGAUAUAUGGGAGUGAGAAUGCUUCAACUUACAGCUGCUUUGAUUAGGGAACUCAGGGAGAAGGAAAGCAGCUUCCCAGAUGUGAGCUCUGGGGUGUAUGUGUACGAGGUUAUUCCGGGGACAGCUGCCUAUAGUGCUGGCCUGUUAAGCCAUGACGUGAUAACCAGCAUUAAUGGAAAAUCGGUCCAAUCUACAGAAGAUGUCAGUCAGGCCGUGCAGUCGAAUGAAAGUCUGUCUCUGGUGGUGCGGCGAGCUCAUGAAGAAAUCACACUGACUGUGGUACCUGACGAAGUGGACUGAUAAGUUUCCUGUGUGGAUUUGCUCCAGUACCUACAUACAUCUAAACAAUGCACAUCCACAAAUAUGGAUUACUUGAAAAUGGCAUUUUCUUGUUAAGUCUCACGGCCCACCAAUGCGCUUUGAUGCAUAAUACAUAGGCCAAAAAUA